AUGGACUUGUUUUGGCGAUUUUUAGAGAGUCUGGAGCACACAGCUUCAAAAGUACUUGGUGGCUUUGGGGACAUCCUGAGUUUGGAAAACAUUCUGGAAGCCACCAUGUCUGUCAUGAUGGAUGACAGUGAUAAAGAGGACACACAUUCAUUUGAGCCGGAUGACAAUGAUGAUGGAAUCAGCACUGUGCAGGAAGAUAUUGCAAUUGGCACACCAGAGAGAGAAGACAUGGGAAGAGCUAACAUCCACCAGUCUGGCUGCAAAUCAACCUACUAUGAAGGAGGUGAACUCAACUUUGCAGUAGAUGAGCACCAAGACAUCUCACAUUUUCAGAAUUUAGAACAUUUACAAACAGAGGCAAAUGUUGUAACCCUUGAGACAAACCCUUCUGACCUUACAAAAGAGUGCGUCACUUUAGAAUUUGACCAUCUGAGCCCAUUACUAGAGGAGCAAAAAUAUGUCAUCUCUACUAAUGAGCCCAUCAAUCCUACAAACCCAAGUUCACGUCCACAAUUUGGGGUCAAAAGAGACAAUGAGGUUGAGAAUCUCAUUGGCUUUGCAAAUAGGCGUGAGAAUGAGUCUGCGUCACCCAAUGCCAGCCAGGCUCCGUUCAGUCGUGGAGAGAGGGAGGAACAGACACAGCCAUGCACAGAUUGCUUGCCACAGGAGACUACUUCUGAGCAUCUAUCUCCUUCAGGGUCCAUUCUAGUUCACCAAUCGCAGGAACUGGAGUCAGACCCCACAAACAAACCGCACACAGCACUACAGAGCCAAGUUGAACAAGCCACUGCAAUCACAGGACAGGAAGUGACAUCAAUGGAGCUGAACAGCAAGGACACAGUAAAAGCUGAGGAACAGCAAACAAAUGGAAAAACAGAAGCACCCCAAGAGAGUAAAACAUCUGCAGAGGCAACAAAUAUAAGUCCGAAUGAUUCAGAAAAGAAUGAAGAGGAAAAUAAGAAGGAAGAGGAGGAAGUCAUAGAGGAAGAAGAGGAAAUGAUAGAGGAAGAGGAGGAUGGAUUGGGUGAAUUAGAUCUGGAGAGUUUCCCGUCCGUUCAGAUGACAAUCCAGGAAUACGAGAAGGAAGAAAACCAACAACGGCAACUGCCUGCUAUGUGCAGGUACAACACUGUAAGCUACAGGAAGAUUAAGAGAGGAAACACAAAGCAGAGAAUAGAUGAGUUUGAAUGCAUUCUGGAUGUAUAACUGAUGUAUGCUGUCUGAGACAUGAAAGAAAUGGGGUGUCAUUAUGUAUGUUUUCAUAUGGUUUGUUCGGAAGUUUGUGGUCGUUAAGCUUCUUUAUAGUUAAAAGACAUAACAUAUGCUCACAUACACACACACAAACACAUGAACAGUAUUUUGUGGCAUGGCUUUAUUUCAAUCUCUAACCCACGAGCACAUUAACUGUUAGAAAUCAAUACAGUUUUUUUUAAAUGAAGAUUGCAAACAAACAAGACAAUAUAAUAAAACACUCAUGGCAUUCAUUUGUCUGAAAAGAGUGCUUAAUUAGAUUUUUCAAUCAUGAGUGCACUUCUAAAAAACAUGUGGUCUGCUUGACUGAUCUGGGUCUCUGGCUCAAGCAGUUCAAAUCACGUGAAUGAUACUGUAAGUGGAAGAGCAGGCAGUUAUAGACAAACAUACAGUAUCAAAGACAAUAUUUGUGUUUGUGUGUAAAAUGCAGGGUCGUAGCUAGACAUUCUGGGCCCUUUGACUGUAAAUUGCUCUGGGCCCUUAUUGGGGGCCCCUGCACCUGUGGGUGCCUAGAAUUGCCCUCACCUUUUACCCUGUUAGCUACAGCCCUUUUGAAUAUGAUGCAACUUUCUAACCAUUGUAAUUAUGGCUUCAUAGCUUUGUAAAUGAUACACAAGCUUUUCAAAAUACUGUGAGAAAGAUGAUAAACAUAUCAGCUGUUUGUUUUUUGACACACUCAUAGAUUUGCAGUCUGAUAAUUAGUUUGCUUUGUUUUCAAUAAUCACAUAAUUUUACCUGACACCUACUAGUAAUUGCAUUCAUGUUAUGAAGUCUGUCUUUCUACCUGAUUGACCAAACUGAAAAAUCAUUUCACUGUUUUCAUCUGUUGAGAAAAAAAUAAAAUCA